ACGCCCCCGGUUCACAUGUCAGUGAUCCUCGUCUGAUUUGAGCAUCUGACUGAUCUCAACUCUCGAGCUUCGAAACCUCACUGAUCGAUCCAAGCCUAGCACACCACAAUUCCACAAACCAGCAGCCAUGAGGACCAGCAUCACCCUCGUCAUCGGUGUGGCCGCCAUCAUCUACGCCGUCGCCAUGCCCGCCACGGCGAUGCCCGGCGGGUGGGAACACAUCCGUAACAUCAACGACCCGAAGAUCCAGGGGCUCGGCAAUUGGGCGGUGGCGGAGCACAUGAAGCAGGCGGGCGGCCGGUUCAGGUUCAGCAAGGUGGUGCUGGGCACGGUGCAGGUGGUGUCGGGCUUCAACUAUCGGCUCCUCGUCGAGGCGCUGAACGGCGCCGGCAAGAAGGACGCGUACAAGGUGGAGGUGUACGAGGAGGCGGCCGACAAAGGGCGCAAGCUCGUCUCCUUCACCCCGGUCGCCCAAGAGGCGUAGGCCUUUUGGUGUAUUUGUAAUUCUUGAUGGGCAUCGUCACAGCUCACAAGCAAUAUUAAUGAGGCAUCAAAAAGUUACAGAUCCAACUGCAUUACCUUUGACUCACAUAAUCUAAAUGUCACUCGUGCGCAUUCUAGAAAGAAAAAAAAAUGAGCU